UAAGUGAACUCGAGUCAAGAAGCUUUAGUUUCUGAAAUUUGUCCCUCGUAGAGAAGAGCUUCCAUAACUGUAUAACUCUCUCUCUUUCACUCUCUCUCUCUCUCUCUCUUUGUGUGCAUGCGGAUGUAAUCACUGCGCAUUGGGCACUCCUUCAUCGUUCUGUAUAUCAAUCUGCGUGGUCGGUCCUUGUCCCCCAUUAGACCUCGGAGUUUUCAUCCUGCUUGCGGGAUUCAUUCCAUUCUCGCGCACAUGCAUGGACCGACUAAUUUGAGGUGAUGGAAAAAUUGUGUCGAGCUUAGAGGUCGGCGGCUCAAAUUCAAAGAACUCACAUUCCGCCAGUGAACCAGACCCGGGGUCCUGGAAAUAAGUUCGUUACAGGACGAUCGUAAGAAAAUUGGAGUACUGCGGCAGACCUGCAUGCUUCGCGAGAGCUGGGGGUUUUACAGUUUCAUUCGCAUACACUGCAUUGAUCAUUUGAGACGCGGUGUUCUUAUUCUCGCAGUGGGUUGUGUACCUAAACGAUCUCAAGCUCGUGGUGUGUCGUUACCACGUCGUCCAUCUGAAGAUUAGAACCAACAAUGAUAUCGAAAUUCAUCUUGUCCGUUGUAGAUAGAAUCGGCAGUUGAUUCACCUUUCGAUCCUCUUGGGAAUCGUGGUGUGGUUCCGGCGAGGACCAUUCGCAUGACAACAUGAGUGGUAUCUCAUAAGAAAAGAAGAAAUGACCUCUGAAAGCGUGUAUUCAGGAUGUCAGAAAUCGGAGGCAUUGGCCUGUGAAACCGUGGAAUCUGAUUGUCCACCGUUGCAGAGAGUGAGCUGUGAAAGCAUAGCGUCGUCGACUAGUUUGGAAAGGCAGCUUAUUCGAGCAGCAGCCGAUGUGGUGCUAAAGGCGGCCAGGGACCACUGGGGGAAAUUAUCCAUGUCAGCAUCAUGUAGAGCUUCUCAACUUAACGAAGCUGAAACGGUGUUCUUGGCUCGAUCAGAUUCCGAGUGCUCUUCUACUCAGGCGUCAAUUGAUCGUAUGCGGAACCGCCACUUUUCAAAGAUGCAGCAGUUAAGUAGAGAAUAUCUGAAAGAAUUGUGGCCCAUCUACAACAAUUUCAAGAAUGAGAGCGCAAACAAGGAUCACAGUCAAAAGGUGGUUGAAACAUGUCGGUAUCACGUCGAUAUAUUGAAGCGGAUGCUAGUUCCGAUGGUCGCAGAGAAGGUGCAGCUGAAUAACUGGAUGACUGAUAAGACCAUGGCGCUAUUGGAGAAGCAAAUCAUCCAUUACGUAGAAAAAUAUCAAGGGGAGAAAUUUGACCGUGCAUUUCUGCAGUUGAGCGUAGGGGAAGUCACCGAGAAGCGCAAACGAGUGGAAAAUUCAUCUUGCCCUGCUCCGAGUCCCAGGAUUUAUUCUGAAAUUAGGAAUUGUAGUCAGAUUAGAGGAAGGAAAUGUAUAUCUUCGAGACCGUAAUAUGUCUUCAAAGCAUAUCAUUGUCACGAAGUAGUUUUUUUCCAUUCAAAGUGCGUCAACGAGUUUCCUAGUAGUAGCCUGUAAAGAAAACAACUGUAGGUAUCAUGGAAUAUUGUCAGUACAUUUCAUCCGCCUGUUACCUUCUUUCCGAAUCUUUUUACCCUGCCAGUAGAGAUAGAAAGGACCAAAGAGUUUCAAAGCUUGACAUUUGAGAACAUACCAUGUAGAUACAUGGCCUAGUGCCACCUCCAGCUUACCCUGUAAGCUUUCAAACUAAGGGGCAGAUGUAGCCCUAUCUCAAAUUUGACAGAAAAUCAAAGCUAGAGUAUAUGUCUCAUC